AUGGGAGAAGGGGAUUUUCUUGGUGAGGGCGAUUCAAAUCUAGUCAACAAUAUCCUGCCUCCAUCCCUAUCUAAGACGGCAUUCGAUAGGCUGAAGAAAGAGGUAGCCUGGAGGACCAUGUACCAUCGUGGUGGCGAGGUUCCAAGAAUGGUCGCGGUGGAAGGAGUAAUUGAUGAUGAUGGUGAUGAGAGAAGUUUCCCGAUAUAUCGCCAUCCGGCUGAUGAGUCGCCUCCUCUCCUACCAUUCUCCCCAACGGUACAGCUUAUAGUGGACUGCGUCCAAAAGGCCCUAAAACACCCGGUUAAUCACGUCCUGAUACAACACUACCGUGACGGCAAUGAUUACAUCUCUGAACACUCUGACAAGACCCUCGACAUUGUGCGAGGAUCCAAAAUCGUUAAUGUCAGCCUGGGUGCUCAGCGAACCAUGGUUCUCCGAACAAAAAAGGAUGCCGCAAUGCAAAAGGCUGCCGAAUCAAGAUCACAAGAGCAGUCAAACCAACCAGAAGGUCAUGGUCCGGAACGAACGACCCAGCGUAUACCACUUCCUCAUAACUCGAUGUUUAUCCUAGGCCUUGAAACAAACAAAAAGUGGCUCCAUGGAAUUCGACAAGACCGACGUGAGAAAGGCCUCAAGACCGCCCAGGAAAUGUCUCACAACGGCGAAAGGAUCUCCUUAACCUUCCGCCAUAUUGGGACCUUCCUCUCAGACAAAGAAGAUAAAAUAUGGGGCCAAGGUGCCGUCUCUAAAUCUAAGGCCGAGCGACGGCCUGUUAUCAACGGCGAUGAUCCAGAAACUCAAAGGCUGAUUGAAGCUUUUGGCUCUGAAAACCAUCAAAGUGACUUUGACUGGGACGCAGCCUACGGCGGCGGCUUUGACGUCUUGCAUUUCGUCCCACAGCUACCAAAACUAUUUUUUACAAAAGGUGAUAUCGGCAGCAUGCAAGUCCGCAUGUGCCUAUUGGAGAAAGGAAUUGUGUUCACUCCCUAUGAACUCGAGCCCAAUGAAACCAGCUCGCCUUCCUUCCGCGUUUUGAACCCUCGAGGUACCGCUCCAGUGUUUGUGGAUGUUGACCCCGAGAAAACAAUAGUUUGUGAGGCACUUUCAAUCCUUCAACACAUUGAAAUGUUCUAUCCCUCCAAGGACCCUGGGAAAUUUCUGCUGCCGUCCCCCAAAGAUGAAAGGGCCGCUUUUUCGAGGGUUCUACAACACAUGCAGGAAAGUGAAAAACUACACAAAGUAUUGGAAAGUGAUAACCAGGUGGCGAUUGAUACCGAGCUGGAGAUUUGGGACGCGCGCUUAUUUAGAACGAAAGGGUAUCUAUCGGGAUCUGAUAUCAGCCUUGACGAUACCGCUGUGUGGCCAGUCCUGGAGAACUAUAUGAAGCGAACUGGGUUAAAGCAUCUGGUUAAGUUUAGUGAAUUGGAUACGUGGUACAGCCUCGUUAAGGAAUGCGAUAGUGUUCAGGUCUUAUCUAAAGAGGUGGUUAGAGAUGCGGUAUCUGAAACAGAGGGGUUAGAAAACACUAUGGCAAGACUAAAGUUGGAGUCAGAGGUGAAGGAGACUUAA